AGUUUUCGACAUUUAGAAGACGUGUAAUUACGUUUUUGUACUCGCAUUGUGUAUAUUGUUACUAUUAUUCUUUAUAUGUAAUUUUAUAUUGGUGACUUAAUGUUUAGACCAUUAUUAUGGCGUAUUUUGCUUAAACAUCGGAGGCCGGAAUUGAUUCAAAGCAAAAUGGCUUCUACUUUUUGUAUUAUGUUAUUUUCGGUGUACUUGUGCACAUUACUUCAUGUAGUCGUGCAAUUAACUCAAUUCAUUGUAUGAAAUUAAACAUUUCUAUGUUAGUGGUUUUGAAUUGUGUAGAUGUUGAUUUAUUUUAACUAUGCAAUUUACCUUCCGUGCUGAAUGAUGACUCAAGGAGAGAAUCUCCAGUUCACAGUAGCCGUAUUAGUCUUAACAGCCUCUGUGUUGAUUAUUUAACUAGAAGCUGCUUUGUUCAAUUCUUGCUACAGUAUUAAUUAUCAAAAGUCAUAUUGACAUCGUAACUUGAUUAUUCUUAGGUUUUAGGAGUUAUCAUCAUGCAGACGAUAAAGUGUGUGGUGGUCGGAGACGGAGCAGUAGGAAAAACGUGUCUCCUAAUUUCGUACACAACAAAUAAAUUUCCAUCAGAAUAUGUGCCAACUAUUUUUGGAUUGGAUUCCUAGCAUAUGUUGCCAUUUAUCAGUUGAUGGCAGUUUUCUGAAUCAGUGGGUGCCACUUAUGCUACUUGAAGAAUUUUCUUUGAAGUUCUGAAAAGCUACAUCAUCUUGAAGACUCAGGACUAUAAACAAAAUUUAAUAAGUAAGAAUUUUGAGCACCAUAUUACACAAUGUGAUGAUACAUGGUUGUCUGUCAACUAUAGGUAUGUUAUGAAGACUAGUUGAAGUUUUUUGACUGGAGAAUAUUAACAUGAAACUAGAAGAUACUUUUGUUUGAUGAAUAUUUCACUGAUACAGAAACAGCAGAUUGAAUUUCAUAAUCCUUCCUUGUGCUACAACUAAUAAUUGAAUAAUAAUAUAAUAAUUAUAACACAACUGAAAAAUAUGUAUUGUGAAAAUGGGUCAGUUUUAUGUAUGUAUGAAUAAUUGUAUGUAUGUGUGAAUGUAAUGAUAUUACAUAAAUAUAGAUUUUUCAUUUAACAGAUUUAUUUGAAUUGUCACUGCCGUUACUGUUCAUAUUGGGACAUAGGUUUGUGUUGUGUUAAGAUACUAUUUUUGAAACAAAAUAUGACAGUAUCUGCAGGCAGGACUUUGUUUUAUUUCAUUAUUCAAUACUUGUCAAUCUGAUCUAAAAAAUGUUUUUUGGUGCACAAUGUGUAUGUUAUUUUCAAAAAUUGCUUCCCCUACCAGUUACCUCAUAGUUACAAACAUGCCCAAAGGUACAUACAAAAGAAAAUGAUUGUUAUUAGCUGUAUAUUCUUAUGUAUUCCCUGCCUUUGCUCUGAAAGUUGUUGCUUAAAGUUUGGAGUGGUGCAUUUUUGGAAUGUACUACUCCAUUUCUUAUCUUCCGUCAUUGUGACUACCUUGCCAGCAGUUGUGCCGUAUUGGAAGCACCAUCUUGAAGUUGCUUACCUGUCUGCCCAUAUAAAUGUCACAUAGAAUACCCUUCUUCUUUUCUCUGAGCAAUUUACGGUGUUACUAGACUGUGUAAAACGCUAAGAUUUGGUGAAAUGUUACAUGUGUUCAGCAAACUAAAGGGGACACACAUUAACAGAGCAUAUAAAUAAUAAUUGACUAAUACACAUUGAUUUCUUAUUUGUUUUUAAAAUUUGUAAUAUUGUGGUAUGGCAAAAAUGUAAGGCAGUGGUGCCUCAUGCUGUACGCUGCCUGUCAUGGGUGCUUUUAUAAAUAACCAAUCAGUAUCUUUUAAUAAUUUGUCACUUGAACGGUAUGAAGUUUUUCUCAUAUUUUUUUAAAUGUUGGUGAGCAACAAAUAUGUUAAUUGUGCCAUUCCGUACAAUGCAUGCAGAAAACAAAUGAUAAUCAUUUGACUUCCUUUGUGAAAUGGGAGAAAUGUGUUUAACAACAAUUUACUUUCUUGAAAUAAGUUGUGUGUUCUCAGAUGUUUGCAUAUGGUAUUCAGUGGUUUGGUACUAUAGAUUAUUUGUAGUUUUUAAGCCUGAACUUGUGUAAUUUUUGUGCCUAAAAAGAUGUAUAUUCUCUUGUGUACCAUCUGCUGCAUUACAUUGUUGUAAGCAAGAAAGUCGAAUGUUUGAGCACUUUUCUCUCUCAAGAAACAAAUAUCUAUUUUUAGAUGUAAUGAACCAAACCUGCUUUUCAUAUGCCCUUUUUACAGAUUUAUACACCAGUGUAUUUUUAUUUGCUCAUAAACAUUAUAGAAAAUGUAGAUAAAUUAGGAGAAAUCUGUUACACCAAUACUGUUAAUUUAUUUUUGGUACUGUGACAGGAUUUCUUUGCAAAUGCCUCGUGGAAGAACCAAUAUUAUAUUGUCAAAUAGUUUCAUUGUAUCAUAGGUAAUCGUUUGGUUUAUUUAAAAAAUACAGUCUUAAAAUUUGGAUUUAAGGUUUAUUUCUUAAAAGCAUUGUACAGUGUUCAAGUAGAAAUAUUAUGACUUAACAUAUUGAAGUGUUAUUUUCACAGACAAUGUGCCUUUAAGUAUUAAUAUUCCUGUUGAUUUGGUCUUUACUGGCUAACAAUAUUUUGAAUCUUGGAAAAAUUCAUUCAGUAUUUUAAUCAUUCCUUUUGUUGGAACUGAAAUUUAAGUUAAUUUUCAGUGUUGUAUGAAGAAAUAUUUCUUGCAACCACUGUUUCUUUUGUGCUAGAAGCACUGACCUUUGAAGUUAUGAAAAUACUUGAAAUAAAAAUGUCAAAGUUUUGUGUUUGUUAUCAGUUAACUUUGUCAAGAGAAUAAUUUAAGGAACUACUUUUUGGGCCAGAAAUAUCCAGGAAUUCAGUAGAAAUUGAGUGUGAGCCAGUGGAUGUUGAGAAGGUGUGUACACCUUUAGCACCUGUUACACGAGGGUGAGGGUUGGCGUGAAGAACCAGUUUCACAGAGUAUUAUUGGAUGGGUGCAUAGUGUUGCAUCUUUUGAAGUUUUUGGCAAAUCAGCACUUAAUGUUCAAAAGAGAUUUUCCCAAAAAAUUGCCCAAACGUUUUUUGUGAAGCCAACACUAGCACAAUUCAUCCCUAUUCUUUAAAGCCUAUUCAUAGAUAUCCAAUAACAGAUUUGUUCUUUGUGUGUUCCACUUCAAAUUUUGUGUGCAGAAAACGUUCCAGCGUCCCAACUCAACAAAAUUUAUUUGGAUUAUUUAACACAAAAUAUAACUUCUCUUGAACUAUUCUCAAGUUAAAACUCAAAAUUUCACGUGAUGAGCUAUUGGCAACCUGGAAAUAGUCUGCUUGUAGCAUAUUCUUUUAUUUUCUUUAGCAACCAAGCAAAUGUCAUUUGUAUAAAAAGAAAUGCGUAAAUAUUACUAUUUUCAGGGGGAGGGAUGUCAUUAAAAUACAUCUUAAAAAACACUGUUGGGUGAUGUAGAGGCUGUGGGAUUAAAGGUACGUGUUGCGCAACUGGGUAGGGUAGCCUUUGACCAGGUCAUAAACAGUUCUUAAUGAUGCAAGAAUGAUUAUAAAUUUGUUAGAGGAGAAUGUGCUAACAAGAAAAUUUUUCUCAAAUAUAUUUUUAAUUCUCUUCUCCCUUUUUAGUGUCCUGGAUAGUCAAGUACCCAAAGUAUCUAUUUCUCAACUCCCCUUAUGUCAUUUCUGUAAGUAUUUGACAGAUUUUUGAAAGGGACUAUUUGAAAUUUAAUUUUUGUAAAAAUUAUCUCAGCAAGACAUCUGGCUCAUCUUUCAAUCAGUGUCAUUGUUACUUGGAUCUGAUGACCACCUGGAUUCCUAUAACAGCUGUCCAAAACAAAUGAAAUUAAUAAAAAUUCAAAUAUCAUUUAAAAUAUAGUUACAGGAAUGCAAUUGCUUCAAAAACCAAUUUAUGGAGCUACUGAAAGAAAUGUUUAAAAUACCAAAAUUGAAAAAAACGAAAAAAAAGAAAAA